UCAUCUUUAUGGAGUAUGGCUCGUCAGUGUUCAAAGCCCUCCCUCUUUCCCACCUCCCCCGUUUCUCUCCUUCUCUCUCUCUCUGUUCUCGCUCUCUGCUACCAUCUGCUUGGCUGAGCACACAUCAUACAGCAGACGGUGCAUCACACACACUUACAUGCACACGUGGUGCUCCAUCAUCCCCUCUGUCCUUGCGUCUCUCUUCUCUCCUCUAACAUUAAUCAUUUUUUCUCUUUCUACUCUCAUUAUGAAAGCGCAGGAUUAAAAAGGAGACAUCCUUCCUCUUCUUGUCUUUUUUUUCUUGCCUCAUUUUUUGGUAGAUCAAAGCUGAAGGAUGUUUGUUUCAGUGGCAGCAGUUCUUGGAGCGACCCUGGGAACUGUGUCCGGAGCGCUCACACUCUGUGGCCUGUCUCUGCUCUGCAAGAACUGCAAGAAGAGCAAGUCUGAGAGGGAUGACAGCGCCGACUCUGAGAGAGCAAAAGCCAGCAUCUUGCACACACUCACACAGUUCAGUGUGCAGAAAUCUACAGAGCCUAUUCAGCCCCAGACGCAGCUGAAGUUCCCCAAGAUCUACAAACCUAAACCAUCCGUCACAUCACCUGAGGUUAUGAACUACAGUGAAAAUGCUGUGACCUCUGAGAAAGCUCCCGCUAAGCCUGACGGCUGUGAUCCAGGAGUGGAGGAAGAUAAGGAGGUCACUGCUCUCCCACGGCAAGAUUCCACAGAUGAGACACCCUGUGCUGUCGAGCAGUCCAGUGCAAUUCCAAGCAGCAGCUCUGUGCUGCACCCUAAACUGCAUUUCUCCCUUCGCCUGCACGCAGAGAGCCGAGAGCUGCACAUCACCAUCAUAGAGGCGGAGCAAGUAAGCAUGGAGUCUGGCAAUGAGGGCUAUGUGUCAGGGUGUGUGAGUGUAUUUGGGGAACAGAGGCUUGCACAGACAGCAGUACGCAAGCUAGCAUCAAGAGUGCAGUGGGGCGAGGCUAUGGUGUUCUCCCUGCCCAGUAGCUGUAGUACAGAAAGCACAGAGAGCAUGGAGGGAGAGGUGGCACUGACCUUACACAUCUGCGACCGGUUCUCCCGGAAUACCACUCUGGGCACUGUGAGGUUCAAACUGGCGGAUGUGGGCAUGAUGUCAGAUGCCGACUGCUGGGUCAACUUGCAGCCACCAAAACAGAUGGAAGUGCAUUCAACGGGGGAGCUUUUGCUGUCGCUAAGCUACCUGCCUGCAGCAAACAGGCUGGGGGUGGUAGUGAUGAAGGCACGAGGACUGCAGUCUGAAAAAAUUAAAGACACUAUAGACCUAUCAGUGAAGCUGACUCUGAAGCACCAGAGCACCAAACUAAAGAAGAAGCAGACACGACGCGUCAAGCACAAAAUCAAUCCGGUGUGGAAUGAGAUGAUGAUGCUGGAGCUCCCCAGAGAGCUACUGACCAAGUCCAGCUUAGACCUGGAGGUGCUGAACCAGGCGAGCCCUGGCACACUGCUCCCACUUGGGCGCUGUCAGCUUGGGCUCCAGUUCUCAGGCACUGGCCUCCAACACUGGCAACAGAUGCUGGACAACCCACGCAAACAGAUUGCUAUGUGGCAUCCUCUGCAUGCUUAAAAUAAAAUGCCAACUAGUAUACAUAAUGCAUAGUUAAAUGUUUGUUCAUAUUUAUUAGUACUGCUCUAUUACUGUGCAAUAAUAUGUGUCAUUAUAAUAUCCAAAAUUUUAAGAUCAACUGCUCAGCUUGACCACAGGUUAAUCUGUUACUAUUGCUGAUUCUACAGGGACAAUGAUAAACAGGUGAUUGAUUUUGGUACAGAUCAUUACGUAGUGAGGAAUGUACUAUCAUAUAUACAGAGUAGCAUAUUUAGCCUUGGUGAUUGCUUCACAUCCCCCAGCCCAGACAAAGUGAAGUCAUUGGGCAUAUUUAAGACCAGACCUGCUUUUGAUUUGAUUUGACUUGAUUUAGAUCUGGAGCUCUGUGAUUUGGUUAGUCCAUCCACCCAAGAGGAAAGAUUUUGUUCCAAGUGAGAAAACAGAUGGUCAGUUUUCACCUGCACUCAACAGGUUUAAAGCUUGUAUGGAGUUUGGUCAAAAGAGUCCGGGGCACAUUAAAAUAUAGUUGCUGAACAACUCACUUUCCCAUGGAGCCAAACAUGAAGCAUAGCUUACUCGAAAUUAUUAUUAUUAUUAUUAUUAUUAUUAUUAUUAUUAUUACACUGCAUAAUAAUUAUAACCACCAUAAUUCUUGUAUAUGUAAUAAUAACUCUGCAUUAAUUAUAAACUAAAGCAAUUUAUUAUAUUUAAGAUAUAUUAUCUUUCCUGAUUUUUGGAUAUGUUGAGCAGAAUGAUGUAUGAGUAUAGAAUUCUUCUGUCUUGUAUAUAAACAUGAAAUUAUACUGUGAUGAAUUUAAGUCUUGGUAUAGUCUCUACAUAUUUCAUUACUACCAUGAUAACAGUAAUUAUUAUGAAAUAUACUGUAUACACUAAUGUGCUUAAACAUGCAAUAAGGAUUUAGUAGAUGCUGGUUUUACAGUACAGUAGCUCCAAAAUAAAUUAUUUAAAAAUAUUAACUUUUGAUUAGAACUUUGAUGUUGGAAUAUUUCACUAUGAAUAAUGGAAAUAUUUAUUCAGCAUAGAUGAAUGAUACAACAGAUGUGCAGGAAUAAAAGUGGACUCUAAGAUGUGUGAUUUCUAUAAUGAGUUUUGCUAUAAUGCAUGUUACACUGAACUUUAUAAUUUACUGACAUAUGAAUACAGAAUGGGGGCACAGUGGCUUAGUGAUUAGCAUGUUUGCCUUGAGCCUCCAGGGUUGGAGUUUCGAUUCCUGCCUGUGCCCUGUGUGUGUGUGUUUGUGUUUGUCUGUAUUGUAGUGUGAAAUUGUGUAACAGGCUGUGUGUUAUAUAUCAGGCCAACUAUAUCAUGCAUAAAAGAUGAAAAAAUCAUGGGAAAAAUCAGCAUCAAAAUCAAAUAUGGUCAUCCUGGCUCCUGGAGAGAUAUCGCUAGUUCCAACCUGUAGUCAAAUUUCCAGAUACACCUGUAGACCAUUAUUAAUGGAGCAGAUAUAUUAGAUUUCACAUAAGUUUUAAAAAAACUUACCCACAGACUAGACUAGAGAGAAUGAAUAUGUGACCAGCAUAGGAGUCUCACACAGAGAAAACAACACUCACAGGUGUACACGGGAAAUGGGAAAACCUCACGAAGUACAUUGGUGAGUUUGGUACACCAAACUGAAUGAGGGCUGAACAGAAAAAAAGGUGCAGUCAAUAAUCAGAGCAUGAUCAACAGGACAAUCUCAGCCAAAAGUAUCCCAAAGGUUUCACACAUGGGUGUUAAUUGUAGCUUAAGAUAUAAAUAUAUUGUAAGGUUUAUGUGCUCAGGGUUCAAUGUGACUUGACUGGAUUCAAUGUGUUUUUCCACUUCUGACAUGGUAGCGCCAAAUACGGCACAGAACUACACUACCCAUCAGCCCCAGCACAUCACAUGAAAAGUCACACACAAGUCACAUGCUUCACUGAUCAACAGCAACUGUUGGCCUCACUGGAGGCCUCACUGCUUAUUGGAGGACGUUGUGUCUCCCGCCUGCUCUGCUAAAGGCAUCACUCCCCACGGACCUUGUCGGCCUAAGGACCUCCAACAGCAAGGAGACAUUUUGCUUGGUUGUCCAGGACCGCCUCUGAACUGCAAAGCGUGCUUCACGAGCCAUGUGUUAAGGGGGGUUCUAAGAGGUUAUCAUAUCAGAACUACACUUCCCAUUAGCCCCAACACAUCACAUGACCAAGUUACAUGCAUCACUGAUCACCUGCACCUGUGUCCUCUUUCACCUAAUUAGUACCACUAUUUAAGGUCUGGAUUCUGUGUGUCUCAUUGUCUAGCUUUUGUCAUUUGUAGUUGUUGAUGAAUGCCACUUAACCCACGUUGUGUUCAUGUCCUUACCAUGCACAUCUAGUUCUUGUUUUGUUUGUUUUGUUUCAUGUUCUUUAGUCUUGUGAGUUUCAAUAAAAUAGAUUUCUGCACUUGCAUCUGCCUCUGCUACCAAAUCCUGA